GCAAACGGUGCCACGGGCGUUCUAUUUGAAGGUGUUCCUGUGUACCCUCAUGUCGGCCGGUUCUGGGAAAUUAUUGAGAAGUACAAAGUGACCAAAUUUUACACAGCUCCCACCGCCAUCCGUCUGCUGAUGAAACACGGACGGGAACCACUGGAGAACUACGACCUCUCCAGCCUGAGGAUCAUGGGUAGUGUGGGUGAGCCGAUCAACCCCGAGGCCUGGCAGUGGUACCAUGAGGUGGUCGGUCAGAGACAAUGUCCAAUUGUUGACACUUUCUGGCAAACAGAGACGGGAGGUCACGUCUUGACUCCUCUUCCUGCUGCCACGCCGCUCAAACCUGGAUCAGCUACCUUUCCUUUCUUUGGGGUUGAGCCAGCAAUCCUCAGUGAACACGGCGAGGAGCUGGAGGGUGAGGCCGAGGGUUAUCUGGUAUUCAAGAGGCCCUGGCCUGGAAUAAUGCGCACUUUGUACAAAAACCACGAGUGCUUUGAAAACAUCUACUUCAAAAAGUUUCCAGGCUUUUACGUCACUGGUGACGGCUGCAGGCGGGAUAAAGACGGCUACUACUGGAUCACAGGGAGGAUAGACGACAUGCUGAAUGUGUCAGGACACCUGCUGAGCACAGCAGAGGUGGAGGCUGCCCUGACAGAAUACCCCGGUGUGGUGGAGGCCGCGGUGGUGACCCGGCCACACAAGGUGAAGGGCGAGUGUCUGUACUGCUUCAUCAGCCUCAAAGACAGCAUGGAGUUUAAUAACUCGGUGGUGGAGGAGUUGAAGAAGCUUGUGAGGGAGAAAAUUGGUCCAAUCGCUACACCAGACUUCAUUCAGAACGCCCCUGCACUCCCUAAAACACGCUCAGGGAAGAUCAUGAGGCGUAUCUUGCGUCAGAUUGCACGCAACGACAAAGACCUGGGAGACCUUUCGACCCUGGCCGACCCCAAAGUGGUGGAGGUGCUCUUCAGCCAGAGAUGUGAAGCUGCGGCCUGAACACAUCACCCCCUCUACGUCCUUCGCUCUCUGUUUAUUUAUCAAAACUUUACAUGACGAGGGUACAGAUGAAGACAAUCACUGAGUGUCUUUGAGCACUGUUUUGGGACUAAACAAGGGACAGGGAUCAGAAGAUGACAGGAAUGACAGCAUCGUGUUUAUAAAUGUUAGUCUUUUUUGAUGCAGGGAUGCUACUGUUUGUGUUUGGGGCCAAACUAUAAAACACUGAAUUUAUAUUUUGUAAUUAUUUUGGAUUUACAGUAUGUAUCACAAUACUGAAGAGUAAAGCACAAUUUACUCCUGUUCUUGAACUUUAAAUAAUUACGUUUGCUUUGCACAUCCUUGAUUUAUUACUGAUAUGUAGUGUUAAAUACUCCCACGUUCUAAAAAAUAAACUUUAAGGAGAGUUGUUGAAACGUGA